AUGACCAAUCCAUUCGUGAUUAUUGUAGGGGGCGGUCCCAGUGGGAUCCUCCUGGCUCUCCUUUUGGGAAAGCAAGGUAUCUCUGUGCAAUUGCUUGAAGCUGCAGAGAAAUUUGACGAUCGUCCACGGGCUACCCACUACGGCCCUACUGCUGUACGGGAACUACAGAGAGCGGGUGUUUUUGAGGAUAUGAAAGCCAAGGGUGGCUUCUUUCCUUCGGGGGUAUCCUGGCGCAAGCUUCAUGGGGAGACCCUGGCUAUGAUUCCUGGGCCAACAGGAGAGGAAAAACACCCUAUGAUCUGCCUUCCUCUAAACAAACUGCAUGAGGUACUAGAGGGACAUCUCAAGAAUUACCCUGAUAUUGAGGUGCUUUUCAAUAAUAAGGUUGUUUCUGUCGGUCAGGAUGAAUCUACCUCUUGGGUUAUUGUGGAAACUCCUGAGGGAAAGAAGACUUUGAAUGCGCAGUACAUUGUGGGGUGUGAUGGUGCUAGUAGCAUAGUCCGCCGGUCUCUGUUUACCAAUGCUGGCUUUGACGGAUUCACUUGGGAAGAGCAGCUUGUGGCGACAAAUGUUUAUUAUCCAUUCGAGAAACAUGGAGUCGACAUUGACUCGACUUUCAUCAUUCAUCCCGAACAUUACCAUAUGAUCGCGCGGAUCACCGACGAUGGCUUGUGGCGCGUAACUUACGGCGAACUGCCAGGCUUAACGCCAGAGCAGUUGAAGGAAAGACAACCCAUGAAGUUUAAGACCAUGCUACCAGGCCAUCCUAAUCCGGAGGACUACAAGCUCGCCAACUUCAGUCCUUAUAAAGUUCAUCAACGAAUUGCCACCAAGAUGCGGGUUGGUCGUAUACUGUUGGCUUCCGAUGCAGCUCAUUUGUGCAACCCCUUCGGUGGUCUUGGUCUGACUGGGGGGAUCGUCGAUAUCGGGGGGCUAUAUGACUGUCUCUUUGGAGUAUACAGUGGACAAGCUGAUGAGAGCAUCUUGACACUUUAUGACGAAGUACGGCGGGAAAAGUACAACAAAAUCAUCAACCCAAUCUCCAGCGAGAACCUUCGACGUGUCUUUGACCAAGACCCCGAUACGAUCAUGCAGAGGGACGGGUUCCUUCAACUCGUCAAAAAGGCCGAGACGGAUUCUGCAACGCGAGAUAUACUUAGACAGGGUGCAUUUUCAAUUGAGUACGACUUUACUCAGCAUUAUCACUCUGCGAAGACAAAUUUGUAA